AUGAGUGAUACCAUACUAACGACAAAAUUGGUCGUAAGACUUUUUAGUGUUUGGGGCGAUGAGGUCAGAAGGGGUCACGUGGUCUUUAAAAGGCAGGGGGUAUUCUACACUCACAACAAGACAUCAAGUAAGUCAGUUAUAUGGGUAGGAAUGCAGUGUGUGGCUAUUUUUCUCGUUGCUAUGGUAAUUGGAAGCCAAGGUGCUGCUCCACUACAUAAAAGAUUAUUGACCCUAAACCUGGAUAUCGACGCCGCUUUAAACGCUGCUCUUGGAGAUGGAAUUUUAACUCGAGUAGAAUUAGGAACUGCUUUAAAUUUAGAUGCUGACCAACUUGAUCAAAUCUUGGCUAAAGUUGAUGUUAACGCCAAUGGACAAGUUGAUGUUGAUGAAGUUGCCAAUCUAAAAACUCAACUAAAUGCUGAUGGUAAUGUAGGAUUAAACCUCGGUAAAAGAUUAUUGAACCUAAACCUGGAUAUCGACGCCGCUUUAAACGCUGCUCUUGGAGAUGGAAUUUUAACUCGAGUAGAAUUAGGAACUGCUUUAAAUUUAGAUGCUGGCCAACUUGAUCAAAUCUUGGCUAAAGUUGAUGUUAACGCCAAUGGACAAAUUGAUGUUGAUGAAGUUGCCAAUCUAAAAACUCAACUUAAUGCUGAUGGUAAUGUAGGAUUAAACCUCGGUAAAAGAUUAUUGAACCUAAACCUGGAUAUCGACGCCGCUUUAAACGCUGCUCUUGGAGAUGGAAUUUUAACUCGAGUAGAAUUAGGAACUGCUUUAAAUUUAGAUGCUGACCAACUUGAUCAACUCUUGGCUAAAGUUGAUGUUAACGCCAAUGGACAAGUUGAUGUUGAUGAAGUUGCCAAUCUAAAAUCUCAACUAAAUGCUGAUGGUAAUGUAGGAUUAAACCUCGGUAAAAGAUUAUUGAACCUAAACCUGGAUAUCGACGCCGCUUUAAACGCUGCUCUUGGAGAUGGAAUUUUAACUCGAGUAGAAUUAGGAACUGCUUUAAAUUUAGAUGCUGACCAACUUGAUCAAAUCUUGGCUAAAGUUGAUGUUAACGCCAAUGGACAAGUUGAUGCUAAUGAACUCGCUCAAUUGGAAACUGAACUUAACGAAUUAGAGAAAGAAUCAUCUGGAGUUGUAAAUCUGGCAGCCCGAAUUAGUUUCUGGUUGCGACAUCCAAAUCAACUGACACGUUACUUUCUUCAGUUAUGGCGUAAUACUAUAUCAAGAGUAGAUUUAAACUCUUCUGUGUCUGUUUCACCAGCUCAGAAUAUUGCGCCAUCCUCUAGCAUUGUGACGUCAUCGUCCCAAAUGAUGACGUCAUCAACUGACGUACUUAUGUCGUCAUCGAGAUUACCAACGUCAUCGUCUGAUCUAGUUAUCACGUCGUUUGAACCUGUAACUUCUGAAAUGAUGUCGUCCACACCAAUAUUGUCGUCCUCAGCAAUGCUAUCAUCGUCCACCCCAGAGAUGGCUGUUGCGCCGUCAUCUGUGAUAGAAACAACUUCAGUAAUAACGGAAGUUUUUACUGUCGUCGUGACUGCACAAGGACAAUUAGGAUUAUAA